AAGUAGCAUCCCCAGCACACGGGUUGCAGCAGAUCAUGUCGAAAAUUCCUAAAGCCGCACUCAGUUUGAAACAAUUUAUGCUGAGACAAGAGGUGCUGAAGCUGUACCGAACAAUAUUUCGCACCAUAAGCCAAGUGCCAGACACCGCCACCCGGCAGGAGCUGCGCGAAUGGGCCCGGUUCGAUUUUCGCCAAAACAAGCACCAAACAGAUGAGCUAAUCAUCAAGAUGCUAAUGCAGAAUGCCAAUCGAAGCCUAAAGGAAUUGCAAACUAGCCUCCAACUGAGCGGAACAUCAUCUGCACCGAACGCAACUGAACGGAGCCGCUAGUGGGAUGUGUUUUAGAUUUUAUCGUUGCAUUACACACUAUUGUACAGUUCAAUA